AUGUCUCUUGUGGUCUCCUUUGACUUGUCUCUUGUGGUCUCCUUUGACUGUCAGUGUCUCUUGUGGUCUUCUUUGACUGUCAGUAUCUCAUGUGGUCCCCCCUGUGACUUGUCUCUUGUGGUCUCCUUUGACUGUCAGUGUCUCUUGUGGUCUUCUUUGACUGUCAGUAUCUCAUGUGGGUCCCCUGUGACUGUCAGUGUCUCUUGUGUGUCUCUUGUGGUCUCCUUUGACUGUCAGUGUCUCUUGUGGUCUUCUUUGACUGUCAGUAUCUCAUGUGGUCCCUCAGACUGUCAGUGUCUCUUGUGGUCUCCUUUGACUUGUCUCUUUGUGGUCUCCUUUGACUCUCAGUGUCUCUUGUGGUCUUCUUUGACUGUCAGUAUGUCAUGUGGUCCCCUUGUCUCUCUUGUGGUCUCCUUUGACUGUCAGUGUCUCUUGUGGUCUUCUUUGACUGUCAGUAUCUCCAUGUGGUCCCCUGUGACUGUCAAUGUCUCUUGUGUAUCUCAUGUGGUCCCCUGUGACUGUCAGUGUCUCUUGUGGUCUCCUUUGACUGUCAGCAUCUCUUGUGGUCUCCUUGACUCUCAGUGUCUCUUGUGGUCUCCUUUGACUGUCAGUGUCUCUUGUGGUCUUCUUUGA